CGGACUGGCAGCUGGUUUAGGAAAAGCGGGAUUGCCCUUUAAAAAGCGAAACUGUCGACAUACAAAAAUGGAGCCAGAACCAGAGCAAGAAGCUAAUAAGGAAGAAGAGAAGAUACUUUCUGCUGCAGUCCGAGCUAAGAUAGAACGCAAUAGGCAAAGGGCACUUAUGCUGAGACAGGCCAGGCUGGCAUGCAGGCCCUAUCCCACUGGUGAAGGUAUUUCUACAGUUAAAGCACCUCCAAAAGUGAUUGAUUCAGGAGGAGGAUUUUUUAUAGAAGAGGAGGAAGCAGAGGAGCAACAUGUUGAAAAUGUGGUCCGUCAACCUGGACCUGUUCUGGAAUGUGAUUAUCUCAUUUGUGAAGAGUGUGGCAAAGAUUUUAUGGAUUCCUACUUAAGCAAUCACUUUGACCUAGCAGUCUGCGACAGUUGCAGAGAUGCAGAAGAAAAGCACAAACUAAUAACGCGUACUGAAGCCAAGCAGGAGUAUUUGCUGAAAGACUGCGACAUUGACAAAAGGGAACCAGUUCUAAAAUUCAUAUUAAAGAAAAACCCUCAUAACACUCAUUGGGGAGACAUGAAACUUUACCUUAAAGCACAGGUAAUUAAACGAUCACUAGAAGUAUGGGGCUCUGAAGAAGCUCUUGAAGAAGCAAAGGAAGUACGAAAAGAUAACCGAGACAAGAUGAAACAAAAGAAAUUUGACAAAAAGGUCAAAGAACUGCGUCGUACUGUGAGGAGUAGUUUAUGGAAAAAAGAAGCCAGUGGCCACCAACAUGAGUAUGGACCAGAAGAGCAUGUAGAGGAAGAUUCAUACAAAAAAACAUGCAUAACAUGUGGCUAUGAAAUGAACUAUGAAAAAAUGUGAUUUCUUUAAAAAAAAAAAAUUCUAAUAAACCAUAGAAGAGCUUUUUGCAAUUCAUGGACUUUUUAAAAACAAAAAAAAAACUGGCUUUAACUGGCCAUAUAUAGAGCUUGGUGUUAGGGCCAGUUAUUUUUAGCUUUAAAUCCAACCAUUGCACCAUGUGUGAGAUCUAGUUACCCUUUAUAUGUGACCAUUGUGUAAAAAAAAAAUAUUCUGCAAAAUGACUCCCUUUGGCUUGAGUAAGUCCAGGCCAGCUGGAAACAGUACACAUCUCAGGCAGAAUCCAGAUACUUUACAAUAGUGCCAUACCUGUUUUAUCAUAGUUGUAUGACUGGCCCUCCCAGUGUGGUCAAAUGUAUUAUGAUUUGAUUUUAAAUACACUUUAAUAAAAAUAA